AUGCGAAUCAACUGGGGCCGCAAGUCCGACUUUAUGGACAGCUUCAUUGAGCUCAAAGGGGAAUUCUCCACCACCGUGGACGACAACAUGGGUAUCGGAUACAUGCUCACGAACGUCGUAGCAUUACGCGACACGACAGCCAGCACCAUGUGCUUAGCUGUCUAUUAUAUCCUCAAACUCCCUCAGUGGGCCAAAGACUUUGCCAAGAGCUUCGAACUGCGAGCCCGAGCAUGCCUGCGCAGUGGAAGGAGAUACAGUCUCCCCCUACCUUGA